AUGGAGUUAAAAAUUGAACCAGAUGAACAAGCAAAGCACACAAUCAAGAUUCUAACAGAUGCAAUGGUGUCGAUGAGUAGAAAGCUGCCUCCACUUCUAGGGACAACGAAACACCAACAAGAGCAGCAGCAAGACCCACAACAUCCAGAGGACCAACAUCAUCAACAGGAGCAAGAGCAAUGCCGAGAAAUAGACUUGCAGGAUGCACAGAUUUGUGAAUUGUGCGAGAUAGCAUGGAAGGCCGCUGAAAGCAGGAAGAGAAACCAAGAAAAGCAAAAAGCUUCAAAAGCUUGCGAAAGAAGAAGAGGAGAAUUGGCAGACAACAGAUCCCAUCAAGAUUCCACCGGCCAGGACAGAGACACACAAGUAGAAGACAAGGCAAAAUCCAAUCAAGAAUCAACCAAACUGGAUUCAGGUGUGACACCCACAACAAACCAAACUGGUGCAACAUCCACCUAUACCAGAAGGACGAGAAGCACUGGUACCAGGAAAAGGAAAGUAGUCAAAGACCCAACUAUCCCACAUUUUGGCCUGGGUAUCUUCUCUAGUCAGGAAGACAGUUACGAGACAACCCAGGAGAAGAACACUGAGGAAGACGAUUCAGAAAAACAAUUCAAUGAGCAUACCAAAGAUGGUGAUGUUCUAGUACCAGCUCCAGUUGAAGAAAUGAACAAUCCCAUACCAUCUGCACUUAACGAAACAAAGAAUCCCACUCCUUCCAUCGAUGAAAUCAUAAGAAGGGCCAGUGCACCAGCUUCAAAAUCAUUAAGUGAUACCAGAAAACUAGAGAUGAUUGCCGCUUCUGCAAAACAAGUUGAGAAGAACUCAAAGGUGGUUGAAGCAGUCCCUAUAAGCAUAAUUCCACCCGAUUGGAAUAUUGCUUCUACCACGGGUGGUCUACUGAUGCUGGGGAAAAAUAAGUGUACCACGCCACCACCUGCAAUCUCAAAGGAAGCUGAUGAGCUUGAUGAAGAGUUAACAAAGACAGUGGAAAAGAUCCUCAAUGAAAAACCUAAGAGGAGAAAUCCAGCAAGAGUCCGCCGGUGGCUUGAACGGUUCAGGAAACUCUUGUUUGAAUUUGGAAAAAUAGUUUGGGCAGACAGGACAACAGUCUAUUCCAUGAGGGAAGGGACAUGGAUAGAAAAUAGCAUCACAGAUGCUUGGGCUGUCAUCCUAAACAAAGAAGAAGCUAAGAGUGAUUCCCCAACACGGAUAUUCUUUGGUGUUUUGUCAUUUGGCAGUAACAUAGACGAAAUGGAGUUCACAUUUUAUGAGAGGUUGGCUCUUGAACUGGAAGAACAAGGCCUUACUGUAGCAUCCAUGUUAGCAGCAAAAGCUAUCUACUUCCCAGUAUACUACCGAGACCAUUACUUUUUCUAUGUGUUGCUGGUUGAAGAAAUGAAAGUGCUUGUAUUCAACAAUCUUCAUGCAAAAGAUCCGGACUACUACAACCCAACAAAAGAUCUACUUGUGAGUGAAAAAAAGUUUCGGUUCUUCAAAAGCUACAUCGCAUGUGUCUUUCCAGGCAUGGAACUGAUCGGUACUCAAUACACCUUCACAGAGGUUAAGCUACCAUCGCAUAAUGACAAAACGCCAAAUGGGGAAGAUUGUGGAAUAUACACAAUGUAUCACAUGGAGCGGUAUGAUGGUGGUGAGUACGAGGAUAGUACUACUUUGGAUUUCAACACAGGAAACAUCAAAGACUAUUGGUGGAAAUACAUUAUAAGAAUCCUAAUGCACCCAGUCAACAAAAAUAAGAACAAAAUCCUCAAAGCAAUGCACCAGUUCUAUACAAAUACUACCGAAGAAAAACAAAAAGAAAUUUCAGAUCAUGUUGAUUUGAGCAGCGAAUCUUACUACAAUGAUAGAAAAACUGAGGGAUGGGUUAAAUGA